ACACCACAGACCAAGCGAUCAAAAGAGGACAUUCAAAGAAAUCAUUGAGUGAUAGUGAUCAUUAAUGGCGGCUCUUCUUAUUCCAGCUUUGCCAGCUUUGGUAGAAGGGUUGGCCGUACCUCUUCUGGCGGCAGGUGGAGCAAUAGUAGCCGGAAAGGUAGUCGGACCACUGGUAGAAACCGUAGCCGAUGCAAUGAAACCCGUGGUAGAAACGGUAGCCGAUGCAAUGAUACCCAGACCAAUGGAGGAACAAAGGGAGAAGGAAGACAAAAGGAAAAGGGAGGAACAAAGGGAGAAAGAAGAAAAAAGGAAAAGGGAGGAACAAAGGGAGAAGGAAGAAGAAGAAAGGAAAAGGGAGAAGGAGAGAAGAAAGCAUCAGAAAUGGAAACAAAGGCUAUUGCGACAAAGUCUUCAAAGUAUGUUAAAUAGGUUCCGCAGCGGUGGCGGCUGCAAUGACCCCCCCGGCAAUGUCAUGCCCAGCGGCGGAAACGGCAAUAAACCCCCCGGCAGCGACCCGCCCAGCGGCGGCAACGGCAAUGGCCCUAGCAGAGGCAGCCACAGCCACAGCAGCAGUGAUGAAAAUGGAAAAAAGGGAAGGAAAAGGGAGGAACAAAAGAAGAAGGAAGAAGCUGAAAAAAGAAAAAGGGAGGAGGAGAAGAAAAAAAUAACGGAAAGGAUAAAUAGACUAAUCGAAAAAGACAAUAAAAGAUUGGAAAAAAAGAUUACUCGCAUCCUCGAUAAUAGCCCCGGCUGCUUCGACAGUGGCAGCAGCAGCACUGGCAGUGAUAUCGAAUAUGAAAAUGGCAAGAAGAAGACGAAUAGUGGCGCUGACAUGGACAGGAUGACAAAGAAGAAUGAGGACAAAGCAAAUCACAGUGGUACUGAUACUGACAAGAAGACAAAGAAGAGGAACGAGAACGAAGCACACUAUAGUGGUACUGACAUUGACAAGAAGAAGAAAGCAGAAGCGUGGAUUAAUGAGAUGAAGAAGAAGCCUUGAACAUAAGGAGCCACAUGGAGGCAUGCAUAUAUAUUCCACCAGGCUAGCUACCAAGCUCCACCUUAUAUAUAAUAACUUGGCGCCAAAAAAAAAUAAUAAUAAUAGUAAUAACUGUCUUAAUGUAACUACAUAAAUAAAUGUGCUGUUGGGUUUUUCUAUAUGUAUGUGUGAGCUCAAUAAUAAGAACUGUGUUAAGGUAAGUACAAAAAUAAAUAUUCUGUCGAAGUAGAAGCCAACAUAAAAGCUUGUCUUGGCUAUAUGUAUAUCCGUGCAUGAGAUGUUACAUAAGACGGACUACAGACGUGAGAUCUGUGUAUUUCGAAACAAAGCUUGCUUUUUGUUUA